UGACCUUAGCACAAGAGUUUCAGUGUUGUGAUUUUGUGAAGUAGUGCGCACAUAAUCGAGACACAAAAUGAGGAGAAAAUUCAUUGUUUUACUUAUUUCAGGCCUAUGUUCUGCAUGUUACGCUGCUGUUGUAGAUCAAGGCUGUGAUUCCCCUCCACAGGAGCAAUUUGCUUUUCUGUUGCCAAACGACAAGACAACAUUUCAAGAUGGAGACUCUGUGACGGUCACCUGUCACAAGGGGUAUACUUCACAAGGAACCAUUAAAUACCAGUGUAAGAAUAAGACCUGGAUCAAAACCAGUGGUGGAAAAUGCAAAUUAAAGCAAUGUGGACAUCCUGGUGAUAUCAUGUAUGGGAACUUCCAGCUUGUGGACGGUGAUGACUUUGUGUUUGGAGUACAGGCGAAAUAUUCCUGCAAUGAAGGAUACUAUAUGGCAAGUCAAAUAGAUUAUCGCGUCUGCCAGUCAGAAGGAUGGACCAAUGAUCUUCCACAUUGUGAAAUACAACGAUGUAUGCCUGAAAAGGCUGUGGCUGGAGUAUUGAUCGACAGUGGCAGGUUUGCAGCUGAUGAGGCAGUUCCAUAUGGAAAUGUCAUAAAAUUUCAGUGCAGUUCUCCAAACCUCAUGUUGAAGGGAGCAUCGGAGAUAUUUUGCAAAGAUAAUGGAACAUGGAGUGCUCCAUAUCCAACAUGUGAAGAACCAAAGUGUCCACCACCACCUGACAUACUCAAUGGAAGAGUUAAGCAGAAGAAAAAGCAUUCCUAUGCUAACAAGGACACCGUGGAGUAUAUCUGUGAUGACAUGUUCAUCCCUGACGGAUCUAAAGUUAUAACUUGUAAUAAUGGGAUAUGGACAUUAAUACCAAACUGUAAACGCAAACCCACAUUCUGUGCCAAACCUGACAUUCGCAAUGGAUUUUUUUAUCCUUUGAAGGAGCAGUUUUCAUCAGAAGAUCAUCUAUAUUAUUCCUGUGAUACGGGUUACAAGACUGCCAAUGGCCACUGGUGGGAUACGGUACAAUGUAAAGACGGGGUGUGGACAAGUGAAAUACGGUGUUCACAACCAUUUGAUUGUGGCUUUCCACCACAAGUUGAAAAUGCUGUGGUGUUGACAGAUGUGAGGCCAAUUAGGGAUACGGAGCAAAUUCAAUAUGUCUGCAAGAAAAACUACAGACUGAACACAAACUAUAAAACACAAUGUCAGCGCGGUAAAUGGGUGAACCUCCCUCAGUGUCUAAGUGAUUCAGUAUGUGCAAGGCCAAGUAUCACUAAUGGGUACAUUGACCCGAACAAAUCAGAAUUUCGUGAAGAAUAUGUCUAUUUUUAACUGUAAUACUGGUUAUAGCCGUUAUGGAAGUCAUUAUUCACAAUGCACAAAAGGACAGUGGAAUCCAGCUUUUCCAACAUGCCAUGCAGGAUGGGGGUAAAAAGGCACCAUGGAGGGAUUUCUGCACUGGAAGACUUCAAUAAGUUCAAGAGAUGAAGAAAAUGAGAAUAUAAAAAUCCCUGACAUUUAAGUUCUGUUUUGUGUCUUUCUAAUAUGGUAUGAAGUAUGCUUUACAAAAGUAAUAAAAAUUAUCUUUGCUACCAA